AUGUCGGAGGAAGAGCUCCGUAAGCAAGAAGAAGUCGAAUUCAACACGGGUCCAUUGUCAGUACUCCAGCAAUCCGUCAAGAACAACAAUCAAAUCCUGAUCUCUUGCCGUAACAACCACAAGAUUUUAGCACGUGUCAAGGCAUUUGAUCGACAUUGCAACAUGGUUCUUGAAAAUGUCAAAGAGAUGUGGACAGAGACUCCUCGAACAGGCAAAGGAUCCAAGGCAAAGCCUGUCAAUAAGGAUCGUUUCGUAAGCAAAAUGUUCCUUCGUGGCGAUUCAGUUGUUCUCAUUCUGCGCAACACUGUUUAA